AUGGGCUUUGCCAUUAUGGCGCCUUAUCUUGCUCGUUCUUCGCGUGAUCUUCUCCAGAACGUCAUCUAUACCAAUCUCGUCGGAUGUCAUCCACGAACGGUACGCCGAAUCCGCUCGAAACUGCGCACCUGUGGAACCACAGAGACUCCGACAAAUACUCCUGGCCGCCCCAAGUCGAUCACGCCUCCUAUGUUGAGUGCCCUGCGUGGCAACCUCGCUGUUGACCCGUGUCUGACACUAGAUGAGAUGGCUGCCUUCCUUCGAAAACACUACGAAGCCGACAUCUCGCAGUACCGAUCCGAGCAGUUGGUGUUUGUGGACGAAUCCGGCAUAGACAAGAGCAUCGGUAUACGCCGUCGAGGCUGGGCUCCUCGAAGGAAGCGGCCACGUUAA